CUUUAGCACGCUGGGACUUAAUGCUCCGUAUUCUUCCUGUUUCCGGUUCUUGUUUGACUUUUCACAGCUGGUAACUGUGUAUAAUGCGCUCUGCAAAUUGAACAGUUUCCAAUUCUCAGAGCUUGAAAUGCCCCCUACUGACUUUUCAAGGGUAACUCUGCUACAUAUCUGUCUGUAAUUGGCUUUAUCAGGACACAAAAACAGACACAGGAAGAGAAGAGUGUGACUUACAGGCAGGAAUUAAAAAUGGCUCCUGUUACUGUGAGGAUCAUGUACAAUACAUGUCACUGCGUUUGUCAGUAAAGAAGAAAUGUUAUAAGAAUAUCUGACAUAUUCAGUAGCGCUGAACAAGACAAUGUCUGACAAGAACCAAACCUCAGACCUUCCUGAUGCACACGGCGGCCGUAUGGAUGUGACGCCUUCACAUGGCUCAGUAGUUGCGCAUGGAGGAGAAGCAAAUGCGCACGAUCACUUGAAGACCGAGGAGGACGAAGUUCCUAUAAAUACGGCUAAAGGUCCUGUAGAGGAAAACCCGGGCACUGGGUUAUUAGAUGUGAAGGAAGAGGAUGAGACAGACAACAUGAAUAGUCAUCAGAAUAAAAUAGAUUCGUCCCUCCCUGCUGACGAAGAUAACGCUGAUAUAGUGAAAGUAGAGAUAACAGAAGAUCUGUGUGACAGGCUGGGAGUCUCAGAUAAGGAAACCGAUGACAUUGUCAGCCCAGGCCGUAUAAAUGUGACACCUUCAGAUGACUCAGGGUUUGAGCACGGAGGAGAACCGUAUGUGUGUGAUCAUGUGAAGUCUGAGGAGGACGAACUUCCCAUAAAUACGGCUAAAGGUGGAUUCACGGAUUGUAAAAAUCCUAUUCAUGGCAAGAAUGCAGGUGCUCUGUUAAAUUUUUUUCAAAAUCAAAGUAGCAAUGCUGAAAAUAUAUGUUCAGAAUGUGGAAAAUGUUUUACAAGAAAAUCAUAUCUUAUUAUGCAUCGGACAACUCAUACAGGAAAGCAAGUAUUUUCUUGUUCUGAAUGUGGGAAAAGUUUUGCCUGGAAAUCGGAUCUCACUAAACAUCAGAAAAUUCAUACAGGAGAGAGAGCGUUUUCAUGUUCUGAAUGUGGGAAAAGUUUUACUCAUUUAUCAACUCUCAAUACGCAUCGGAAAAUUCAUACUGGAGAGAAAGCGUUUUCAUGUUCUCAAUGUGGGAAACGUUUUAUUCGAAAAUCACAACUUCUUAAUCAUCAGAAAAUUCAUGCAAAAGCAUUUUCUUGUUCUGAGUGUGGGAAAUGUUUUGCCUGCAAAUCAGAUUUUCUUUCACACCAGAAAAUUCAUAAACCAUUUUCAUGUUCUGAAUGUGGAAAACGUUUCACUCGGAAAUCACAUCUUAAUAAUCAUCAGAUAAUUCAUACAGGAGAGAAAGCAUUUUCAUGUUCUGAUUGUGGGAAAUGUUUUAACCAUCCGUCAAACCUUAUUAGUCAUCGUAAAAUUCAUACAGGAGAGAAAGUUUUUUUAUGUUCUGAAUGUGGGAAAUGUUUUGCCAGGAAAUCGGAUCUUGAUAAACACCAGAAAAUUCAUACAGGAGAGAAAGCAUUUUCAUGCUCUGAGUGUGGGAAAAGUUUUACCCAUCCAUCGAACCUUAUUAGUCAUCGGAAAAUUCAUACAGGAGAAAAAGCAUUUUCCUGUUCUGAUUGUGGGAAAUGUUUUACUCGGAAAUCACAUUUUAGUAGACAUCAGAAAAUUCAUGCAAAAUAGAAUGCGUAUUCAUGUUUUGAAUGUGGGAAAUGUUAACCAGAAAUAUUUUUUUUCUACUAAUCAUUCAUAAUGAAAUUAUUUUGAUAUUCAAAAAUGGGUGUAAGAAACUAUACAUUUAAGAGUUCCCUCUCUAAUAAUAGUUAAGCCCAGUUACCUCCCUGGCUAUGGGAGAAGUCAGUGUGCUUUAUGCCUAGAUAAUGUUAAAUACCAUAGAUGGUAGCCACUACAUUAGUGCGAGUGAAAGGUUCUCGUUGUUAUUUAUUGGCUGACUGACUUCCAGGCUGCUGAUUGGUUACAGUGCUUUGAGACUCCAUUUCUGAGCUUUUAAUUACUCUGGGCCUAAGAAGUGAUUUGAUUAUUACGGGAAGAGAUUAUAAAUAAUGUAUAGACCAGUACAUUUGUUAAAAUAGUACAUGUUUAUCCAAAAUGCUUGUUUUAGUAGUAUCAUUGGUUUAAAUAAACAGUUUCUGCUGA